AUGGACAAUGACAAAGAGGCAGCAAGGUAUCAACCCGAGACUUUCCAGCCCAGCGUGAUCAGCUCCCAGCCUCAAGUGAGCAUCCACCAGUGCGCCGUGUCCCACUGGAGCUCUAACACGCUGGACUGCUGCGAUGACUGCGGCAUCUGUCUGUGUGGGACCUUCUUGGCGUGCAUCCUGGAAGGCAAGGUGGCCCAGGAUCAUGGGAAGAGCUGCUGCCUGGCCUUCCUUCCUGGCUCCUCGAUGGCUUUGAGGACCAGCAUUCGCCACAAGUACCGCACUGAAGUACGAUUGGCCAGGUGA